UGAACGGAACUACAACCUUGCUGAACUCAGAAUGGCCGAACAAAGGAGUGUUCCUACCAUUGAUGCCGGAGUAAUAGCACAUAAUCGAAGAGAAGCUCAGCGGGAUGGAGCGUUUGCUGGUCUGACGUCGGGUCUAGCAGGAGCGUUGUUGGGAUCCAAGGUCAUGGGCUUUGGCAGAAAUAAAACAAUAGUCUGUGGUAUUUUCACGGGAGCUCUUUCCGGUUAUUACUUCACGCAAGCUUUCUUCUCGUCUAAUGUAUCCCGUUUGAAGCCCAGACAGAACAGUCACACCGAUAGUAUAGAAUGAAUCAGGCGCAGCAAAGGGGAUACUUGGCUGCUGUGGGCCUUGCUACUCGUCAAAGUUUGGCUAUCAGAGCCAUGAUCUUUAGAUUCUAUUUCUCCGACUAGUUUAGUCUAUGACAUGAUACCAAAGCGUGUUUAUUAGGUCAGGGCACAGCGCAUCAUGCCGCUCUACUUGAUGGUACUCCGACGUGCAACCAGGUCGAUAGGUGAUUCACAAAUUGUCUCAUAGACUGCCCAUCUGCAUCCUGUAUUAUUUUCCGCCCCACAUUCUAUGAACGGGGGUAGACUACAUUGGGAAUCACCAAAUUCAGAAUUUUGCACGCUGUACGUCGUGUAUGUACAGCAUGUGUAUGUGAGAUCCACCGGUGAGUGACGCGUUAAAAUUCCAUCAGUUUUCUCCGCAAGGGAUUCUGUGGCGCUUCAACCUCACGCCCUCGCCAUUCUAUCACCAACAUCCACGCUGAUAUCGCGCAUCUUGCUCGGG